AACUGUAGUCUUCGGGACGAGCAGGAGUCGCGCCGCCCGUCCGCCUUUAGCAAGUGUAUAUAUUUUUUAUUUAUUCACCCGGACCGCUUCCACCCUCCCUCCCACUAUGACCCGCUGGAUUCCCACUAAGAAAGAGAAGUACGGAGUUGCCAUCUACAACUAUGAUCCCAGCGGCGAACAGGAGCUGUGUCUUCAGGUGGGCGACACGGUGCACAUACUUGAGAAAUUGGAAGGCUGGUAUCGGGGCUACACUCUGCGCAAGAAAUCACAGAAGGGCAUUUUCCCAGCUUCCUACAUCCACUUGAAGGAGGCUACCGUAGAGGGAAUAGGCCAGCAGGAAAUAAUUAUUCCUGCAGAUUUACCCCUGGUACAGGAGCUCGGGGCAACUCUGAGGGAAUGGGCACAGAUAUGGCAGAAGCUGUACGUGGUGAACAAGACAGCGCUGUUCAGGGGCGUGCAGCAAAUGGCCUACAGCCUCAUCGAAUAUCGAUCUCAGAUAGUGUCGGGAACGCUGCCCAAGGAUGACCUUGUGGAGCUCAAAAAGAAAGUCACAGCAAAGAUUGACUAUGGAAACCGGAUUCUGGGAUUGGACCUGGUGGUGCGAGAUGAAGCCGGAAACACCCUGAACCCAGACCAGACCAGUACGGUCAGCCUAUUCCGCGCUCACGAAACCGCCUCCCGCAGCGUGGAUGACAGGAUACAGGAAGAGAAGACGCGGCUACAAAACCUGGAAAUGAGACGUCAGACCCUCUUUAACACGGUGCACACCUACAGUCUCCUCAUGAACCUGAAGAACUUCGUGUGUAACGUCGGAGAAGAUUCAGAGCUGCUCAUGUCCCUCUAUGACCCCGACCAGUCCGAAUUCAUCAGUGAGAACUUCCUGGUGCGCUGGGACAGUAAAGGAAUGCCUAAAGAAAUUGAAAAACUCAACAACCUGCCAGCACUGUUCACGGACCUGAGCAGCAGCGACUUGAUGAGGCAGCGGCUCUUCCUGGUGUGCCAAAUCAUCAGAGUGGGCAGCAUGGAGCUCAAAGAGGGCAAGAAACAAACCGGCGGACUGAGGAGACCUUUCGGUGUGGCUGUGAUGGACAUAACAGAUAUCGCCCAUGGCAAAACCGACGAUGAGGACAAGCAGCAUUUCAUCCCCUUUCAGCAGAUAGCUAUGGAAACCUACAUCCGUCAGCGGCAGCUCAUCAUGUCACCUCUCAUUCCUUCCCGAGUCAUAGGAGAGAACGAGCCGCUCACAGCUGUCUUCAACAAAGUCAUUGCCACGCGGGAGGUCAAUCACAAAGGCCAGGGGCUGUUCGUAACCCUGAAGCUCCUCCCGGGGGACCUCGCCCAAGUCAGGAAGGACUACCCCCACUUUGUGGAUCGCAGCACGGCGAUCGUGAGGAAAAUGGGCUUUCCAGAAAUCAUCCUCCCAGGAAACGUGAGGAAUGAUAUUUAUGUAACCUUGGUACAGGGAGAGUUUGAUCGCGGUAAAAAGAAGACCCCCAAAAACGUGGAGGUCAUUCUGAGCGUGCACGAUGAUGAGGGAAAUCCCAUGGAGAAAGCCAUAUUUCCCGGGGCCGGCUACGAUGGCAUAACAGAGUACAAGUCUGUUAUUUACUACCAGGUGAAGCAGCCUUGUUGGAAUGAAACAGUGAAGGUGACGAUUCCCAUUGAGGACGUGUGCCGCUGCCACCUGAGGGUGAUGUUCCGACACAGAUCCUCGCAGGACUCUCGGGACAAAUCAGAGAAACCCUUCGGUAUGGCCUUCGUCCGGCUCAUGAGAGGAGACGGCACCACUCUGAGGGAUGGCAGACAUGAGCUUAUCGUCUACAAGGUUGAUGUGAAAAAAGCUGAGGAUGCAAAGGUUUAUCUCACCUUGCCGGCGACCUGGUCCGAGGUGGAGGAGAAGGAGAAGCAAACGGGGAAACAGUUCCAUCAUUCCGGAGUGAUUCCUGUGACUAAAGACAGCUUCCAGAUCGCCACGCUCACCUGCUCCACCAAACUCACCCAGAAUGUGGAUCUGCUCGGCCUGUUAAACUGGAGGUCGAACCCUGAAGACCUGGACCAGAUUUUGCAGAGGCUCAUGGAGGUGGAAGGGGGCGAGAUUGUCAAAUUUCUCCAGGACACUCUUGACGCUCUGUUCAGCAUCAUGAUGGAGACUUCAGAGAAGGACACCUACGACACGCUGGUCUUCAACGCCUUGGUAUUUAUAAUCACACUAAUCGGCGACAUCAAAUUCCAGCACUUCAACCCGGUCCUGGAAACGUACAUCACCAAGCACUUCAGCGCCACUUUGGCUUACAUGAAGCUAACCGGGGUGCUGAACUACUAUGUGGGCCACGCCGAGGAGCCUGUCCUGACGGAGAGGCUCUACGCAGCACUCAAGGCGCUCAAGUACCUGUUCAGGUUUAUCGUGCAGUCCCGAGUUCUCUAUCUCAGAUUCUACGGAAACAGUGAAGACGGAGACGCUUUCCUCAACUCCAUUCGCACGCUCUUCCUCUCUUUCAACACUCUCAUGGACAGACCGCUGGACGAGGGGGUGAAGAUAAAGGGGGCAAUAUUGAAGUAUCUCCCCAGCAUCAUUAAUGACAUCCAGACUGUGUUUGAUCCUGUGGAGCUCAGCGUUCUGUUAGCCAAGUUCAUCGAGAGCAUUCCCGACUCGCAGCUCGUGCGCCAGAAGCUGAGCUGCAUGUGUAAAAUGGUGGAGAGUGACCUUUUCAGGCAGCCAGAUUGUAGAGAUGUGCUCCUGCCGCUCGUCACCGACCAGCUGAGCGGGCAGCUGGACGACCACUCCAGUAAGCCAGACUACGAGGCCUGCGUUCAACUUCUCAGCACAGUGCUGGACAAUCUGGACCGCAAAGACGUGGGACCAACCAGGGCGCACGUUCAGCUGAUAAUGGAGCGGCUUCUUCGCAGGGUUAAUCGCACCGUCAUCAGCAUGGAGAGAUCCUCUCCUCUCAUUGGCCACUAUCUCGCCUGCAUGACGGCCGUCCUGAAGCAAAUGGACGACAUGCAUUACGCCCACUACAUCGGCACCUUCAAGACGAGGCAGGAUAUCAUGGAUUUCCUCAUGGAGACGUUCAUCAUGUUUAAAGACCUCAUGGGAAACGUCUUCCCGGCUGACUGGAUGAUCAUGAACCUGGUGCAGAUGCAGGUUUUCCUGAGGGCCAUCAACCAAUAUUCGGACGUCCUGAACAUGUAUUUUCUGGACCAAGCGCAUUUCGAACAACAGCUGUGGAAUAACUACUUUCAUUUGACCGUGGCGUUCCUCACUCACAAGACACUGCAGCUGGAGUCCUUCUCUCAGGAGAAACGGAAUAAGAUCCUCAACAAAUAUGGAGACAUGAGGAAGACUAUCGGCUUCAAGAUGAGAGACAUGUGGUACAAUCUGGGCCCCCACAAAAUGAAGUUCAUCCCGGCCAUGGUCGGACCCAUUCUGGAGGUCACACUGGUGCCCGAGCCUGAACUCAGAAAAGCUACAAUCCCCAUCUUCUUCGAUAUGAUGCAGUGUGAGCACAACUUCAGCCCCGGACGCACUUUUGAAACGUUUGAAAAUGAAUUGAUAACAAAAUUGGAUCAAGAGGUAGAAGGAGGCCAAGGGGAUGAGCAGUACAAAGUCCUGCUGGAGAAAACAUUGCUGGAGCACUGCAGACGCCACAGAUACCUGUCGCAGUCGGGAGAGGAGCUGGCCCUGCUGCUGAGCAGCCUGCUGGAGAACCUCCUGGCCUACCGGACCAUCACACACGACGAAAGCCCCGAGCACCGAAUGAGCUGCACCGUCAACGUGCUGAAUUUCUACAAAGAAAAGAAGCGGGAGGACAUUUACAUCCGGUACCUCUACAAGCUGCGUGAUUUGCACCUGGACUGUGAGAACUACACAGAGGCGGCGUUCACGCUGCUGCUGCACGCAGAAUUACUGGAGUGGUCUGAUAAGCAGUGCGCGUCUCAUCUGAUCCCUCGAGAUGGAGAACAUGUGUGGACCCAGCAGGAGCUGAAGGAGCGGCUCUUCCAGGAGAUCAUUUGCUACCUGGACAAGGGAAAGAUGUGGGAGAAGGCCAUAGAGUUGGGCAAGCAGCUGGCCAAGAUGCAUGAGAGCCACAUGUUCGACUUUAUGGAGCUGAGCCAGCUGCUGAAAAAACAAGCCAAGUUCUAUGAAAAUAUUAUGCAUGCGAUGAGACCACAGCCAGAGUACUUUGCUGUCGGAUAUUAUGGCCUUGGAUUUCCUUCUUUCCUCAGGAACAAGAUGUUCAUCUACCGGGGUAAAGAGUACGAGUGGCUGGAGGACUUCAGCUUGAAGCUCCUCUCGCAGUUCCCGAACGCCGUCCGCAUGACCAGCACGGCGCCGCCUGGAGACAACAUCAGCAACUCCUCCGGACAGUACAUCCAGUGCUUCACUGUCAAGCCCGUUCUGACUGUGCCACACCAGUUUAAAGACAAAGGGGUUCCAGAGCAGAUAUUAAACUAUUACAGAACCAACGAAGUGGACCAGUUCCAGUAUUCCAGGCCUUUUAGGAAAGGAGAAAAGGAUCCAGACAAUGAAUUUGCAACCAUGUGGAUCGAGAGAACAACCUACAUUACUGCUUAUCGCUUCCCGGGGAUUCUCAAAUGGUUUGAAGUCAAAUCAGUUUCAGUGGAGGAGAUCAGCCCCUUAGAAAACGCCAUAGAAACCAUGGAGAUGGCCAACGAGAAGCUGAGCAACCUCGUGCAGCAGCAGGCCUGCGAUCGCUCGCUGUCCAUCAACCCCCUGUCCAUGAUGCUCAGCGGCAUCGUUGACCCCGCCGUCAUGGGUGGCUUCUCCAACUAUGAGAAGGCCUUCUUCACAGACACGUACAUUCAGGAGCACCCGGCUGAUCACGAUCGCAUCGAGGUCCUCAAACACCUCAUCGCCCUGCAGAUCCCUCUCUUGGCAGAUGGAAUUCGCAUCCACGGGGAGAAGACGACGGAGCAGCUGAAGCCCUUACACAAUCGCCUGGUGACUUGUUUCCAGGACCUUCGGGAGAAAGUGGAAAAGCAUUAUGGCGUCAUAACCUUGCCCUGCUCUCUCACCGAGAGGAAGAAGAGUCGCGUGGGCUCGGUGGUGAUGCCCUACAUCCUGUCCUCCACCCUGCGCCGCAUGUCCACCGUCUCGACCCUGUCCAACGCCUCCUCGGGCCUCUCCAGCGGCUCUGCAUCCUCAGACGGACCCUCCUGCGUUUCCUCCCACGAUUCCUUGUUGUCCCGUCCCAGCGAUCGCAGGGCCUCGGUCCUGUCCCGCUCGGAGGAAGACAACAGGAUUGCUCGAAAGAACAGGAAGGAGUGGAGUGUGAGCAAAUCCCAGGUUCUGCUGGAAAGGCCAUCCGACGUGGAUGAGACUCUUCCAGAGAAGCAGCAGAGGCCCAAGAGUUUACAGUUAGGAGACAGGCGGCUCACCCUCUCGCUGUUCCAGGGCGUUUCAUCCCAGCUGAGCCUGUCGAACCCUCUCAGCCCGCUGCCCGCGUCGCCGCACACGCCGCGCACGCCGCGCACGCCGCGCAGCUCCAGUUAUUCAUCACUCCUCAGCGACAACGAUGCCAACGCCACUGACACCCCAGGGACUCCCCCACCCAUGCCUCCGAAGAAACACCCGCACGAGAUUGACAACCCGGGGUUCUCUUCAGAGUUCACUCCUCCACUACCAAUGAAAAUCGAGAGCAAGCCUCCCCCGCCCCCUCCCAAGGCUCGGAAGUCCAUGUUCCCCUCGUACGAGCAUCCCCCCCAGUAAGGCUGCACCUGCGCACGCACAGGCCGCAGAGUUUCGCCCGUCCUCAGAUUUGGCUGCGAUGAAAGCCGGGUUUCGUCUGUGGCGCCGCUGAAACGCCACAGGUAGGAUUCAGGCUGCAGGACUCGAUACGUGGGAAGUCUGCAAGAUUUUCAGGAGGGGGGGAGGAAAAAAAUUCUGAUGCAAGUCUCUUAUAAUUCCAAGCAGCCCUUUGUUCUCUCGAGUUUCAACUGUUGUUUUGUUAUUAAGCCGUGAGGAAGGAUGCGUGUGUGCGUGCGUGUGUGUGUGGUGACGAUAAGAAAAUAAGAAAAUGGUACUACUGUGUAAUACUGGACGCCAGAUUUUAGGUACAGUUUUAAAGAGGUAACGAACCAGUUUUUCUUGAAAAGAAGUCACUGCAGUGUAUUUUUUAAAAAAUCAUUCACAGGAAAAAGGAAAUGACCAAUGUUGUAAUGUUUUAUUUCUGUUUGGGGCGACACUGGAUGAAUCAUUCUCCCUCUGGAGCUGUUUACCUGCAUUUAAACAGGACAGAGCUGCAUUAUCUUGAGGAAUCGCAGGGAAAGGACUGUACAGAAUAUAACUGUUUGAUAUGUGCUUUUCUGUCCAUUGAUGGAAUUUUGGUCGUAAAAUGAUUAAUUUGUGCAAAAACUACAAGGGUUUUUUUCAGACACUGGAUGGCAUUAUUGAAUGUGGUGCAGAUUGUUGUGAUGUUGUUUUGAUCUAUAUCAUGAGCUGGAUACUGUAACUGCUGCUUCCAGGCCGCCAUUCAUCAUGUUGAUGGUGGCGUGUAGAGGAAGCACAUUUUUAUUUUCCUUUAAGGAAUUAGUUCAACAUUUUGGAAAAUGAGCUUAUUUGCAUCCUGGCUGAGAAGCGAGAUCGUCGCUGUCAAACUGCUCUGUUCAGCCGGAGCCAACAGCUGAAGGUGAAGAUGGUUCAAAUCCACCUACAAGCACAGUUAAAGCUACGAGUUAAUCUUUGCAAAACGCUUCAUUCUACAAACAAUUUGUGGUUUUGCAAAAGGUUAUGUGUGUUUGCCAAGGCAGCCUCUCAAGGCUUCUAUGGAAAGAAAUACUUCUUCUCAUCACCUCCUGCAAAACAACAAACUAUUGUUUUUAGAUUCUAAUAAGUAAGAUGUGACUUUUAAUUGGUGGGCUUUGAAUCGUAUUGAGAUUCUUUCACAGUCUGUUUUAAAAAAGAUUUGAGGUGACAAACAUCACACAAAACUCUCAUUGAGAAAGUGACUAUUAUCCAAAAUGUCAAACUGCUCCUUAAAAGAAGCCCAAACGCUGUAUGGUACAAGCAAUAAAGUCCUCUCAAGUUUCAGGUGUUGCUAGAUUUACUUUUAUUUUUAUCCAUUUCCUACUGAAAUUUAAAUUAUUGCUUUUACUGCAUGGAUUUUAAGAACUCAUGUCCGUUGUUGUUCAGACGUCUGACAUUUUUUUUAAUGCGGUGUCAUUUCUUUGUUCUUGAAUAUAUGCAAUGCAAAUGUUAAAUCUCUGCAUGUAAGCUGCUCUAAAAAUGAUCAAAUCCAUAAUUAAGUUGUCAGUAUUGUGUUUUUUUGAAUUUGUUUUGCAAGGGAUCAACGUCUUUGUACAGUACACAGUUUCGAAUAAGCAUCAGAGAAAUUUUAUACAAACAAGUGCUUCAAGAGAUAUAUUGUGGUGUUUUUUAUGAACUAGUUGCUGUCGACUGAAGAAAAAUAAAGACUUUGAAAAGCCAA